AAAUAACACAAAUAAAAAUAAAAGCUCGACAACGGCGAUGCUAUUUUAAGUUCGCACCUACAGCGGAGGGUGUGCGGAGUGGCGGGCUACAACAGUUACACACUUUCAGAAAUCAGAAAUCAGCUGAGUAGAUAACUUGUAAAGCUGCUGAUUUUGAGUCUGCAAUCCUCCCUCCCCUGCGCCCACUACCAUUCCACAAAUUAAAUCACCAAUUGUUUGCUUCCCUGCAAAACGAAGCAAGUGGAAGAAGAAAGAGAAAGUAAAAUAUAUAGAAAACUGCGUAAACGAGUUCAAGGUUGAAAUUGCACAUUUCAAAAGAGCGGGAAAGCGGACGGAAACGGAUAUCUAAACACCGCAACUAAACUGAAAAGCUGACAAACUGACAAACUGACAAACUGGCACCAUUCGAAAUCAACGCAAACGUAAGAGAAUGGCUUUGAUUCGUUGCUGCUUUGAGCCAGUGGAGCUACCGGAAUUCUUUGAUACGUUCAUACAAAAGUGCACGGAUCCGACAUGUUGCUGCGGGUGUUGUUCUGCACUGCGUCCGCGCUAUAAGCGCCUGGUUGACAACAUAUUCCCAAUAAAUCCCGAAGAUGGACUUGUCAAAUCGAAUAUGGAAAAGCUUACGUUUUACUCGCUUAGCUCACCAGAUAAACUGGAUCGAAUUGGCGAGUAUUUGUACCAGAAAGCAACAAAGGAUAUCAAUCGCAAACGUUACAAGUUUGUAGAGAUUGCAAUGGAAGCGAUGGACUUACUGCUGCAGGCGUGCCAUGCACAAACCUUAAACUUAUUUGUUGAAUCAUUUUUACGCAUGGUGCAAAAAUUGCUGGAGGACUCAAAUCCUAAUUUACAGAUAAUGGCCACUAACUCGUUUGUUAAAUUUGCGAAUAUAAAUGAGGACACGCCAUCCUACCAUCGGCGGUAUGAUUUCUUUGUUUCCAAGUUCUCUUCCAUGUGUCACGGCAAUCAUGAUAACGUGGAAUUGCGUGAUAAUAUACGUUUGGCUGGCAUUAAAGGUCUUCAGGGUGUCAUACGUAAAACUGUAUCUGAUGAUUUGGUUGAGAACAUUUGGGAAAAACAGCAUAUGGAAAAAAUUGUACCAUCUUUACUCUUUAACAUGCAGUCUGGCGAUUUAACACCGGUUGAGGAUGCUACAAAUGUUACUCCACCGAUAUUGGCUGAAGAGGUGCUGAGGGAACUUGUGGGACGAGCUUCAUAUGGACACAUACGUAGCGUACUAAAACCAUUGCUGACUCAUAUGGAUCGUCAUGAACUCUGGGUACCAAAUACUUUUGCGAUACAUACUUUCCGUAUCGUUAUGAUAUCAAUACAACCGCAAUACUCAUAUACAGUCGUUGAAACUUUGAUGCAACAUUUGGAUAAUAAUUUUAAAUCAUCACCAAAAACUCGUACUUCCCUGGCUGUAGUACUAUCCAAAAUUAUAGCCAUUGCUGCUGGUGAGAGUGUAGGACCAUCUGCACUUGAUAUUAUAAACAAUUUAUUGACCCACCUGCGCACGAGUGUGAGCACUACCACCGAAAUCACAGCGGAGGAGUCCCAAUAUCAGGAAGCACUGAUAAAUGCGUUAGGUGAAUUCGCCAAUCAUCAUCCCGACUAUCAGAAAAUCGAAAUAAUGUUGUUUAUUAUGAAUACUGUGCCUGAUUUAUCAAAGAAAAGUAAAGGUGAUCAAAUGUUACAGAACAUUUUGUUGAAAUCUCUACUGAAAGUUGGCACGCAAUAUAGCACAGUUUCGUUUGAAAAAGCAUUCCCUGCAUCAUUCUUACAACCGCUGCUGAAAAUGGCACGAGCACCACAUGAUCCUACACGUAUUAUUGUUAUGCAUAUCUUCCAGGCGUUACUUGACAGACACCAAAAUGAGAAAGUAUUAAGUGUUGUCAGUGUUAAAUCAUAUGCAGCUCUGUCACAAGAACCACCCUCGCGGUCAGACAUUAUUUUUACCCAUAAAUAUGGUGCAAACAUAAUGCAAGCAUUGAUUGAUAGUAUGGCUCUAUCGAAUCGAAUAGAAGCCUUAACUUCCAGUUAUAAUACCGCAGCUCUACUGAUUGUUGAAAUGGCCUGCAGUGAGACCGUGCAAGAAUUUUUGCUCUUUAUUUUAGGUAUUCAACAAAUAUCCACUACGUCGGAAGAUAUAGAUUCAAUACACAAAUGUAACUUACAUUGUACGGCAAUUGCGUUGCUCACACUUACUGCGCGUGUAACUGGUAUCACAAAUUUAUUGGAAUAUGCACAGAAAAUUAUUGACGCUCGCAAAGAAGAGGCACCUUACCUGCUUCCCCCACUACUGGACCCCAAAAAGGCAAAUACAAAAAUGAAUUUAGCUUUACCACAUUUGUCUAUCGAUAAAUUGGCUCUGUCAGAGGCUCUGCAAAAUGCUGGAAUGGAUUUCAAUCGCUUGCAGACUGGCGCACCGUAUGCUCUCAACCAAACCGAUAAUCCCGCCCAUAGACAUUCUUGGGUGGAGUCCGUUAGCAACCAAAUGCCUCAGCGCAAUAGUUCCGCCGACUUAACAGCCUACAAUGCAGAUGCGGACAGUAUAACUAGUUCUCCGGGUGUCUAUAAAAAAGCACUAGCACCAGAAUAUAAUUUCGAUGCGAUGAAACGUGCAUUAGCAGAACCAUCUGAAGCGACUAAACGAGAGGAACGCGAAAAACAAAAGCAAAUAGUCCGUGCAUUUCGUGAAAGCAAUUUUGAGGAUUUAGUAAGACGCACAGAACCUAAGCACGACGUCAUACAAAAUCGCCUAAAUGAUCUUUUCAAUUCACUAACCAUCGAGCGGCAAAUAAACCAAAACGACAUUAAAACCCAAAUUCAAGCAGCCUCUGAAAAACCAAUUUACGAGACAAAUUUCCCGGAAUUGUUUUACUAUUAAAGACCGAAGUUUAAAGAAUUAUGAAUGAUUUUCAUAUAAAGUAUAUAGCAGCAUAGUCUUAGGUUAUCAAAGGAUUAAUGCAUAACUUAAUUAUUUAAAAUUUUUAACCCAGGAUAUUGGCUUAAUUUACAUAUAUAUUGCUUUUAUCUUA